GAAUAGCGGGCCAGUAUCAUUGCAUGACAUGCCAGAAACGGGCUGGAAGGUUAUAAGAUAAACGCGAAAAAUCAUCAGCUCUGUACCUUCCCAGUCCGAGACGAGGUCUUGCCCAAAUCGCCUACGUCCGAAAUGGCUCGAACCAAAUUCGAAGUCGAUGUUACCAAUGUUGUGCAAAUUUUCGAAAUAGCCUUCGUGCUGAUGAUAUUCCUGAUGAUAUUGGGCACGGAAUUCCAAAUACUGAACGUGCAUGCGUUUCAUUUCUCAGUGGCAUGGAUAAUCAGUAUGACGCAAGGUCUAUUGGCUCUACAUGCAGUCAACCCCGUAGUAAAGAAACUCUUAGGAAAAGACAAAGUAUUCAACCAUUGGGUAAUUGAAACUGUUGGCUUGGUAGGUUCGACUUUAGCUUUUUCCUGCGGAUAUAAAGACAAGACCGAAAAAAACGAAGCACACUUCCAAACUUGGCAUGCCAUACUUGGGUUGCUUGGUUAUGCCUUAUCAAUAUUCAGUGGGUUAAAUGGAAUACCCGCUUUAUACCGGAAAGAGCUCAAAGCUUAUGUUUCACCCGAUUGGAAUAAAUAUUUUCAUAUUGUAACAGGAAGCUUGGGUUUCUUUUUUGGUGGUUUAAGUCUAUUGGCAUCAUUAUAUAGUAACUGGUACAUUAAAAAAACUCAUGCAUCAGAAACCAGUUUUAUAUUGGGUCUAUUUCUGAUAACAAGUGUUGUAGCUUGGGCCUUAGUGAAACCAAUAGGAAUAGUAAAGAGCGAUUGGAAGAGAUUAAUAUCCAAGAAGAAUAAGUAAAGAUGAAGUAUUAUUUUUAUACUUUUUUUAAUUAUUUUGUAUAUAUCCAAAUGUAUUAAUUUAAAAAAAAAAUAAAUUUUUAUAAGAAAA